GCAUUUACUUGCCUCUUUGGACUCUCCUCGGAUAUGCAUGAAGAAAUGAAGGAUCACAGAUAGUUUCGUAUCUACGGGUUGAUCAUUCUACACAUUUAUAGACCGCCCGUUAUUCCUUAUGAGACCUUAUAUUGCCAUCUGUUAAAACUUCAACCUGUGCGAACUCAAUUUGGCUCGGCGCCUUCCUAAAUCGGAUUCAAUUUGACCUAUCGAAGCACAACUAUCUUAGCGCUCAAGCUACAUUUAAGAGGUAACUGGGUCGAGCAACGGUUGUGAAGGCGCACUAAUUCUACGUAUCUCAGUGCUCUACAGAUAGGUUCUAAUUGCCAAGUACUUGAAGAUAUGACAUCUGUUCGCAAGUGGCCCAAAACCAUUUCGUACUUGCGGAUUUAUCCAGAUAUCGAUGACGCUGCCAUCGAACCUCCCGAUCUCUCGUUAGUGGACAGUUCCUACUACGUUGGGCUGGAGCCUGAGCGAGCAUUGGAGUUGCUAAAGCGGGAAGAGGCUCGACUUCACAAACAGGUUGUUGCGCUGCGCACUUUGCAAAACCGUUAUGUCCCCAUUUAUCGCCUGCCAGACGAGUUGCUUGCAAAGAUCCUUUCCCUGGUUCAUCAGUCGUCAGAAAGAAGAAUUUGCGAAUAUCCCUCCCCGAUUCUAGCUAGCUCUUGGAUCCAUCUAACACAUAUUUGCCGGCGGCUGCGAGAAGUGGUUUUGCAAAAUGCCGUUUUCUGGACAAGCGUUGAUGCAUCCGAUGUGAACAGGGCACGGACAUUCUUGCGACGUUCCAAAGGUGCCGAUGUCUCUAUGUACCUUGACGGGUAUCGUCUGAGAUACCACGUAGAGGAGUUUGUCUCGCUACUCAAGCAAAACAUCCACCGCACCGUUGCAUUGUGUGUGACACUCGAUGGCGAGACGCUUUCAAGCUUCUUAAAGCUAGUGGAUUUCUCGCUGCAUCCUGUACGACAGCUCGAGCUGUCCAGAAUAGGAACGUCACGAACAGACUGGGACACAGUUAUCAUUCCCAAGUUCGAUCCUGUAUACACCGAGCAACCUUGGGCUUUGGAAAAGCUCAAACUCGAAAACGUUACUAUGCCAUGGGAUACAUUUGCAUUUCACCAAUUGCGAAGCUUGCAUUUAUUGUUUCCAUGGCAUGUGGGCUUUCACAUGCCGUCUGUAGACCGGGUUCUCGACAUCCUGACCACUUGCCCUCUGUUGGAACAUCUCUACCUGCAACAUGCAGCUCCGAAGUCGGAAAGUGCCGCAAUCCCUCAUUCCAUCCCCAGCCGAACCAUCGAACUCACUCAGCUUCGAGAGUUGAUUCUUGUUUUUGGUGACCCUGACGACGUCUCUCGCCUUCUUGCACAUCUUGUCAUACCAGACACUACCGAAAUGACGUUGUGUGUAAACUCGUUCCUUGACCGACAUAUAUCGGGGCUAUUGGAUGCUCUCCCUCUUGAUCGCAGCGGACUCCGUUGCAUUCCUACCAUUCGACACGUAACCAUGUCGAACGAUCCUGGAUAUGAUACCCCAUACACUGCUGGUAUUGCAGUCCACGGGCAUCAGACAAAGGGAGGGAAAGCAAUCAUGAAAAUAUCUACUUGUGUAGAGGUAUCUCCGGAAGAAGAGCUCACAGGAAUCCAUUGUGCGGGCAUUCUCAACUCUUUGGGUCCUGUGUUCGCGGUAGCCCCCAUCGAGUCUCUUUCGGUCAUCUCGGAACCAUUGAUCACUAGUGUCCACGACUGGCGAGCAACGCUCUCGAAAUUCCCUCAGCUUCGUAUUCUGAACAUUGGUACGGCGCUAAAGGACAUUGAAGAAUCGGACUUUGCGCCGUUCAUCGCUUUACGCCCUGGAGAUGAUUUAAUAUGCCCUUGCCCUUGCCCCAAUUUGUCCGAGCUCAAGGUGGAUGGUGCUCUCAUCGACAAGGAUUAUCUACAUUCAUUAGUGGAGUGUUUGAAGGCCCGCGCCGAACAUGGGAUACCUGCCUUAAAGAAGCUGGUCAUUGUUGAUAUCACUUGGGCUGAUGAUUGGGAUCCGGAUGUUAGCACCAUCGGCUCAUAUGUGGAGGACUAUGAGCUUUCAACUUUAGCUUGACACUUCAAAAUGUAGGUCUAUAUUCUAACGUGCAUCCAAAUAUCAUCAACUCAACAAUGCAUUUUGGUUUCUUCCAGAUCGGCGGCAAUGACUAGCGUCAGUCCGGAGUGUAGUCGAUCUAUAGAGUCUGGGUGAAUGACCUGAUUGACGAGCUUGCCGGCAUAGUAGAAUCUCGAAAACAUCGCAAUAGAUAGGUCCGGUAUGCUCUAGUUGGGGGCAUACUCAGUACCUUUACAAGUCGUAUUAGAGAUUUGCAGUGUCGGAAGAUUCAACUAAAGUCUUUCCC